CUGUACCCAGUAAAUGACAAAUACUACAAUGAAGUGUCAGAUCAUUUUACAAAUAACAUUCGAAUAAAGAAUAUAAAAUAUUAUAAAUGUGUUCAGAUUCCGUUGAAAAUUAUCAUAACCAAGAACACAAGGAGAACAUUUGAAUACUUUGAAAUACUAUAUCCAACACUAACCCCGCUAAAAGCUUAUUGCUAUAAUUUGCAGUGUUAUUUCUUCCUUAUUUGCUCUAUAAUAUGCAAUGCAAAUGGGUUGAAAUGGGUAAAAAUAUAGAUUUAGGUUGUUUAAUAAAUGAAUUUGGAGCACGGCUAACAUUUCUGCGUGCAAGCCAACAAAUUUCGAAAACAGGCCUCUUACGCAAAGUGCACUCGGUGUUGGGAUAGUUCAUAGUUCCGCCAAGUAAGUCAGCCUGGGACCAGGUGUCUGGGGAAUCAAAUGGGCCUACGUCUCCCUAAUUUGAAUUGAUUUGCAUAUUCUCCAACUUACAAAUGAUUGCUUGCAUCAGAAAAGCCACUGCACCAGUUACAUAUAAAAGCGUCGACUAAAUGCACUCUUCGGCAAAGGAAACCCAUCUGCCGAACUGCCCGCACAAAAAGUCUAUCUAACCCACACGUAGAUAGUAGAUACAAGUGUUCACGAUGCGCACCUUUCUAAUUCUGAGCCUCCUGGCACUGGCCCGAGGGCAGUACGACUACACUCCAGUAUCGUAUGCCGGAAACGGUCACGGAGGACUGAUCGGCGCGCCCAGCACUGGAGCAGGACAGCUUUCCGAGGCUGUAGCACCCGCCAGCGAGCUCACCAAGGAGUUCUUCAGCUACAGUGCUCCGGAGCACGAGUUCGAUGACCACUCCAACGAGCAGAUCGCUCACUUGCUGAAGAAGAACCUGCGUGUGUUGUUUAUAAAGGGCCCCGAUAACAAGGGACUGGAGCAGGCGGCGCUCCAGCUGGCCACCUCCGCGUCCGCCGACCGCACCGCCAUUUACGUGCUCAACAAGCAGGCGGACGUUGGCGAGUGGAUCACCAACCUGAAUACUAUCCGUAACAACAACAGCCGCAAGCCCGAGGUUCACUUUGUGAAGUAUCGCACGCAGAGCGACGCGGAGAACGCCCAGCGCACUAUCCAAGCCCAGUACGACUUGCUGCCGGGAGUUUCCACCAACUACAACGGUGGAUCCUCGGUCCCCGUCUUGGACUUUGCGUCUAGGGUCAUUUCAAGUGGAACUGACGACGGGAAUGCGGUCGUCCGCAAAGUAAGCCAGAACGCACCGUCGACAAGCCCGUACUUGCCACCUUCUCGCGAAAAGUAUUAGUUCAAACGCAAAAUAUUCAGUAUAAGGUGUAAUAUUAUAAUGUUUCAAUGUCGUGUAAUCGGGAAAGGUUAGCCAUGACUAUAUGCAAUCGUCGUGCCACCGCGACCACAAUAUGUACAGGAAGUAAGGAAAAUCUUUUAUUCCUAUAAUAAUAAUUUGUUCUUAACUGCUUUAUUUAAGAAAA